AUGAGGGUCACUGAUUGGUUGAUGUCGAUUAAAGUAGUCAUUGAAAGGCUCACUUUGAACAUUAUUAGUGUAUAUGCGCCGCAGGCGGGAUUAGGUAAGGAGGAGAAGCGGCGUUUUUGGGAAGAUUUAGACGAGUUAGUGGGAGGUAUACCGCUUACUGAGAACCUAUUUGUGAGAGGUGGUUUCAAUGGGCACAUCGAGCCUAUUUCGGGGGGUUAUGAUGAUUUGCAUGGAGGUUUUGGCUUCAGGGACAGGAAUGGAGGAGGAGUCUCACUUUUGGAUUUCGUAAGAGCUUUUGGGUUGGUGAUAGCCAAUUCGAGUUUCCCAACGAAAGAGGAGCACUUGGUACUCCUUAGGAAGGAUGAUAAAGGUCUGUGUAAAUACUGUAAGGUUAUUCCAAGCGACAACUUUAGAAGCCGACAUAUGCUCCUGGUGAUGGAUUUAGAGAUCAAGAUGAAGAAGAAGAAGAGGGUAGUGGAUGACCGGCUAGGAUCAGAUAGGGGAGUUUGA